AUGGCCUGGGUACUGCUUGGUUCCCUGGGUGUCACGGCGUCAGCGCAGUUUAACCUCCACAACUAUGGGGUGGAGCUGAGCCACCCGCCCGCCUGUGCUCCGUUGCGGGAUGCUGAGGUUCCAAAAGCGGCCACAGUGGGCUUUGUUUUUGGGGCCUUGGCAGCUUCGGCCAGCUACUGGAUCAAGAAGCGCCAAGAGGAACGGAUGCAGCCCAAUAAGGUUUCCCAUCCGCGCGAGUGGGCCAUCUGGACCAGACUGGACAGGAAGCGGAGAGGCUUUGUGACCCGCAAAGACAUCAGGUCCUUGUGCUAUCGCUUCGAGUCGGACGAACACGCGGAUCACUUGUCCAAGUUGCUGGAUCCUUAUGGAAUGGACUACAUUACUUUUCGAACCUUCAUCAAACACUUCAAGGCGGUACAGAUGAUGCGGCAAGCCGCGCGGUUGAAGCUUUGGCAUCGCUGCUGCGGCAUUGGAGUAGCUGGCAAUGUGGCAGGCCACAUGGCCCAAGCGGGCGAAGCUGGUCAGGAGAGCCAUUCAGCUCAGAAACCGGCGGCUCUGUUUGUGUACUAUGUGCCUCCGCAUCCAUACACGGUGAGCGACUUCCAGGCCGACAAACGUCGAUUGGAGGAGUUCCCUGUGACCUAUGCCGUGAUCGAAUAUCCCAAGCUUCCGGGAGCCUGCAAGGUUCAAGUCGAACCUGAGCUGGGCCUGCUGGUGGACAUUGUGUACUCCAAGGACAGGAAGAAGGUGGAUCACUUGGUGCCCAGGCGAGUUGCCGCUUUCAACGAUUGCUCCAUCAGAAGUUUGGAGGGAGCGAACAAGCUGAGCAUGAAGAAGAAUUGGGGCCACGCGAGCAAAGGAAUCAGCUUAAGAAGUUUUCCCAUCGAUAGCUUCGCACCGGGCACUUUCGUGGACCAUUUGGCGCUGGUGUCCUACAUGAAGAGAGAUGGGGAGGUCUACCAAUACUCUGUGAAAGCACCUGCAAGGAACUACCUGCUGUUCCACCAGCCACUCCUCGACUGGAUUGUGGAACAGAUGAAUGAGCAGAAAGACACCGACAAAUGGGAGGAGAUUUGGCCCCAGCUGCAGCAGGGAGACUAUCCCACCUCCUCCUGGAUAGCUUUGGGUGCAGGGGAGUACACCGACUAUGGAUCCACUCACUUCUUGAAGCCCUUAGAUGAGAUUGUUGUGGUGGUCUAUGACGAGCGACAAAUGCCUGAUGGCCCCGACAUGACGUCGGUGCUGGGGAUGUUCGAGGACAAUCCACCGCCAGAUGGUGCCGUGAUGUUGCACCAGACCUUUGUAUGA